AUGGACGGUCCGUCCUCUUCGUCAGCUGGCGCGACGUCGGCGCGUUCUGAAGAAGUCCGACAGAAAUAUGUGUUGCCGUCGGAUGAGGAGGGCGAUGACGUGGAUUUUGGAGGUGGAGGGGGCGUGGCCAAUGGAGAGAAGAAGAAUCAAAUGGUUCUGAGUGUGGAUCCGGAUUUUGACGACGACGACGAAUGCUUCGCCGAUGACGACGGAGGACCGGCGCCGGCUCCGCUGAGCCGAGAGAUUGUCGACGGUGCCAUCACUCGGAGGUCAAAAGAUCGACAGAUCUCACCGGGAGUGAAAAUGUCAAUCGGAAAUUACGACGAUUUGGAAGAGGAGGCCGAGGAGACACACGAAGAGCAGAAACAUCGAUUCUUGGAGUCGAUGAGAAGGAUUCGGCAAAAACAAGAAGAUGACUUCGACCUCCCCCAUCCACCACCGGAAACCGAUGCAAUGCGGCAAUUCAUUCAUAAACAAGUAAACAAAGCAAUGAUGUUCAAUCAGGCAAAUCACAUUGACUAUGAGCCACUUGCGAAACGAAAGACGCCGAAAGUUGUGAAUGGAUACUUGUGGGGAGCACUUAUAGGCAAUGGAUCAUAUGGAAAAGUGAAGGAGGUCAUAGAUGUGUACACUCUGACACGACGUGCUGCAAAAAUUAUGAAGUACGACAAAUUGCGUAAAAUCAACAACGGAUGGGAGAAUAUUCGAAGUGAAAUGUCGAUUCUCCGCCGCCUGAAUCAUCGGAACGUCGUCAAACUCAUCGAGAUUUUCAAUUUGCCAUCGAAAGGAAAAGUCUAUAUGAUAUUCGAGUACUGUAUUGGCUCAGUCCAACAGAUUAUCGAUUUGGAGCCGGCGAAACGUCUGACAAUCGGAGAAUCUCAUGCGAUAUUCAUAGAAAUGUGUCAUGGAUUGAGUUAUUUACACUCGAAACGAAUCUCUCAUAAAGACAUCAAGCCAGGGAAUCUUCUCAUUUCUAUCGAUAUGGUUGUCAAGAUUUGUGAUUUUGGUGUCGCCGAGCAGAUCGGAUUCUUUCAGGAAUCGGGAAAAUGUUACAAAGUGAACGGAACACCGAAAUUUCAGCCGCCCGAAUGCGUCUGGGGAAAUCAUGAAUUCUUUGAUGGCUACAAAGCGGAUAUGUGGAGUGCCGGUGUGACAUUGUACAAUUUGGUUUCGGGAAAAUAUCCAUUCGAGCAACAGAUACUGCUGAAAUUGUAUGAAUGCAUUGGCAAUGAACCGUUGGUAAUGCCGACGAAUGUUCAGUUGUCCAAUGAGUUGAAAGAUCUAAUCACUCAACUCUUGGACAAAGACUUCACUACCCGUCUCGAUAUCACUAACACCAUGCGACACCCUUGGUUUGUCUCCUCAUUUCCAGAAGAUCAAGGACUCGGUCGAAUGAUGGAACGAAUGAGGACUGGGGACCGUCCGUUGACAAUGUUACCAAGCUUAACGGCGAUGUUCGAUGGAAAUGAUGAGGAAUUGGUGUUGGAUGAUGAUGGCAACGAGAUUCUUCUCCCACCACCGAAUUUGACGCAUGGAGGCGAACUCGACAAACAAUCAUUCCUCGGUUUCCACUACCUCGAAGCCCGUCCCGGAGACGGUCCCCCACCUCCAGAUGGCUCCAACGACGACAUUGUCGGAGAACCCACUCGACGUCCAUCGUCCCGUUCCGCACCGACUUCUGCUCCACGAGCCGCCCGGGAUUCUCCUGCUCCUCCUCCAGAAGUUGCUCCAGAAGGCGCUGACGUCGCGCCAGCAGUGGCUCCAGCGGCUCCAGAAGUCGCACGACGACGACGACCGAAGCGAAACUUCUUCUCGUGCAUUUUCCGCUCACGAACUGAUAGUAAUUAA